GUGCGCACGUAGACCCGCUACGAGCACCCGCAAUAGCCACUCGGAACUUUGAACUUAAAUGAUUACGUUUCGUCCGUUUUUAAUCUAACUUUUCAUGUGUCACGUGAGGUGUUUGUAUGAAAAUGGCUCCGUUAAGGCUCCCGGUAGACUAUUACACAGAUGAUUUCUUAAAUUUCUCGACACAGAAUCCCAAUAACGAGCGCCACCACACUCGCCACAACCACUCUCAUUUGCGAGAGAGUCACAAGAACCAUGUCGCAGAUAUGCUGUCAAAUUCCAUUAUAGACGCAUUCAAUACGCGUUUUGUGGAGAACAGUGUGCUGCCUGAUAUGGAGCCGCUGUCCUCUCACAUGGACUUGGAGGAGAGGCACUAUCCAUCGCGGAUGAACGGGACAUUAAAUAGAUCUGAUUUCGGUGGCGAUGAGUUCAUGUACCGUCACAGUGGGGCGAUGACCGCGGUGUAUUGCGCGGCGUAUCUGCUGGUGUUUCUCGUGGGACUGGUCGGGAACUGCUUCGUGAUUGCUGUGGUGUAUCGGUCGCCGCGUAUGAGAACUGUCACCAAUUUUUUCAUCGUGAACUUGGCGGUUGCUGAUAUCCUGGUCAUCGUGUUCUGUCUGCCCGCGACGCUCAUGUCAAACAUAUUUGUCCCCUGGGUCCUUGGUUGGCUGAUGUGCAAGACGGUGCCGUACGUCCAGGGCUUAUCUGUGGCGGCCUCAGUUUACAGCCUCGUCGCCGUAUCCCUUGACAGAUUCCUGGCUAUAUGGUGGCCGCUCAAAUGUCAAAUCACGAAGCGCCGCUCCAGGAUGAUGAUCGUCUUCAUUUGGAUCUUUGCUAUUCUCGUCACCACCCCCUGGGUCUUUUUCUUUGAUCUUGUCGUGGUAUUCGAAGAAAACCCUAAUGUACAUCUCUGCAUCGACGUUUGGCCAAAUCCCUUGAGCGAAGUCCUUUACUUCGUGGUUGGAAAUCUUAUUUUUUGCUACAUUCUCCCAAUGGUCAUGAUUACGAUGUGCUACAUUCUAAUUUGGAUCAAGGUCUGGAGACGGUCUAUCCCCACCGAUACCCAAGAUGCCCAGAUGGAGCGUAUGCAGCAAAAAUCCAAGGUCAAAGUCGUCAAAAUGCUGGUUGCUGUUGUGAUCCUGUUUGUUCUUUCCUGGUUUCCAUUGUACCUGAUCUUUGCAAGGAUAAAACUGGGAGGACCGAUCAAGAAAUGGGAGGAAGAGAUGCUUCCGAUCGUGACACCAUUGGCUCAAUGGCUUGGAGCCUCGAACUCUUGCAUCAACCCGAUCCUGUACGCGUUUUUCAACAAGAAGUACAGAAAGGGAUUUGUAGCCAUCAUCAAGAGCAGGAAAUGCUGCGGCCGACUCCGCUACUAUGAAACUAUUGCUCUGCAGUCCUCGAGCACUUCCACCAGGAAGUCUUGGCAUUACAACAACAAUAACCCGUCGAUCACCCGGCGGUCCCCACCGGUCGACAAAAACGCCGUGUCUUUUAUAUUCAGUCACACGGGCGUGUAAACUCUGCAAAGAAAUAGAUUCUGGUUGACAAUCAAGCCUUAGCUAGAGACCAGUGUCGAAUAGCUAAGUGAAGAGUAAAGACAGCAUAUCGUAAAACUAUAAAAUACAAUAAACGGCUCUUCUGUUGUUGUGUUUGUGUGCGUGUGUGUUACACUAAUACAUGUAGCGGUCAACGUCAAAAAUUUGUAUAUUUUUGUAAAAUCUCUUUCCUAUAUACACAUUUUUGAUAUGGAUCGAUAAAAUUUUAAAAUUUUACAUAGUUAAUAGGGGAUGUAUGUAGUUUUUUAACUUGUAAACUUUUGAUACGUAAGUCGUUUGGGAUGUUGUUGUUGUCGACUAUUUUCUUAUUUUUUCACCGCGAUUUUGAUGUUUAGACGAGAUGCGAACGCACACUAAGCACAAAAAAAUAUAUUAUAUUAUAUAUUAUAUAGGGAUCUCAGUAGCUGCUUGUUUAACAUGUUACCUAUAAGAUUAUUGAAUUAGGGUGAAACAUAGUACCUACCUUAUACUCUGAUACAUUUUUGUAAAUUAAAAAUUUAUCUGUGAACAUAAUUUCUCUGUGAUUCGAAAAAUAAAAAUCUACAUAAUUUAUUUAAAAAUCCUGCCUAUUUGGUCUAAAU